AUGGCCCACCUGGAGGCGCCUUGCCAGGGCGGCCUCCGCGCGACGGCACGAGCUGGCGAACUGCGGCGAUGGCGCGCCGAUUGCGACGACAUCAUGCGUGGGAUUCUCUGGUCCGACUGGUUCGGCCGCUCCUUGGCGGCCCAGCUGGCGUUUGCCCUCGCGCGCGCCGAGAAUGCCAGUGGCGUCCCAACAGCAAUCGAACGCUGUCUUCCCAACGUAUCACAGAGGCCCUUCCUGAGGCUGGUCGACGCAGCAGUCCGCAGAGGUUUCCAGCGGGAGGUGCGGCAGAUAGUGCGGACCGACCCCGUGCUCCACAUGGGCGCCCUCAUGCAAGAUCGUAUGAUCCGAUGGGAGUUGCCGGGCAAUCCCCGGACGUACGCCGGGAGAGUGGAGGCCAUGCUCCAGGUGCUGUCCCCGCUGGUCCCGCCACGCGUUCGGGCAGCUGUCCUGCGGACCUUGUGGAACGGGUGGAUCACUGCCAGACGUGGGCCCGCUGGGCCCAUUGCUUUUUUGGGUGCACUGGCUCCGAGGAUUCGAUCGAGCAUUACUGUACAUACGGGGAGGUGGCGGGCCUCGCACGACGACGAUUCGGUCUGCGCGCAGCGGCGCCUCCAGCGGCCAGAGCGGACCGCCUCAUCGUGA